AAAAGCGACGACAACAACAACAACAACAACAAAAUAAUAACAAUAAUAGAAAAAACGUCAAAUUCUAAAACCGGCAGUUAGUGGAGAGAAUUCGUUAAGUAAAGACGCUUUUAACGCUACAAAAAAAAAAAUAAAGAGUGAAAACUAAAAACAAACGAAAUAAUAUAAAUAAUAGUAAACUUAAGAAAAAUAUUGCAAAUAAAUAAAUUUAAAAAAAAGAGUAAAAGCUCUUAAAAAAUAAAACAAACAAAAGUUGUUAACUUUUCGUGAAACAGUUUUCAAAUCAGUGUUAAUUAAUUUGUGAUUUUUUAUGUUAAUGUAACUCCUCUCUCCAAAACCCCCAACUACCCCACACAAUAUACACUGUGACACAAUGUGCCUUUCAACACCCACGUCAUCAGCUAACGGUAACAAUACCUCAACAGCAUGUUCGUCUAGUCCAUGUACCGCUGGCAACGGCGCCACCGCCAACGGUGAUGUAUCCGCAUGUGGUACGAAUUUAAACAAACAGAAAACCGAAAACAGUGAUUGCAAUGGCAACACUACCACAGUCAAUAGCAACAGUAUUAAACAGCGCAAAACAGCAACAGUUGAUGCACAAAAUGCAACAGCAUCCAAAGAUUUAGUCGAUAAUUUAGGUUAUAAGGAGGAGAAUGCUGUGUACAAAGAAAUAGCUGAAGCCAAAGAGACACUAAAGCAGCAACAAAAGAUGGAUGAGGCCGAGAAGGAAUUUAAACCAGAAAUACGAUGGUUGGAUUUAAUAGCACAAUUAUUUUUGCAUGUGGGUGCUCUUUAUGGUUUCUAUCUGCUGUUCUCCGCCAAGUUUUAUACGUUUUUAUGGGUUGUCUUAACCAUAUGGGGUUCGGGUAUUGGCAUCACAGCCGGAGUACAUCGUCUCUGGUCACACAAAUCAUACAACGCUUCUUUACCUCUGCGUAUCUUAUUAGUAUUUCUAUUCACCAUAGCGGGUCAGCGUGAUGCCUACACUUGGGCCUUGGAUCACCGGAUUCAUCAUAAAUUUUCGGAGACUGAGGCAGAUCCUCACAAUGCCAAGAGAGGUUUUUUCUUUGCUCAUGUCGGUUGGCUGUUCCUAACCGCUCAUCCUAAGGUGGAGGAGAAACGCAAGGUUAUCGAUAUGUCUGAUUUGGAAAAUGAUGGUGUGGUGAUGUUCCAACGUAAAUAUUAUAUACCAUUAUUUGCCGUUUGCUCGAUUGCUUUGCCCGUAUUGGUGCCCUGGUAUUUCUGGGGUGAAUGUUUGUGGAGUUCGUUCUGGAUUAAUUUCAAUAUGAGAUUUACUUGCACCCUUAAUGUGGCCUUCUUUGUGAAUAGUGUGGCUCAUAUGUGGGGUAGUAAGCCGUAUGAUAAGAGCAUUAGCCCAGUUGAAAGUCCCAUUGUAUCGUUUUUGGCUUUGGGUGAAGGAUGGCACAACUAUCAUCAUGUAUUUCCCUGGGAUUAUAAAACUGGUGAAUUUGGCAGCUAUAAAUUGAAUGUGACAACUGCUUUUAUUGAUGUGUGUGCUCGUUUGGGUUUGGCCACAGGACGUAAAUCUGUUUCGCCUGAUAUGAUCAAAAGACGUGCCUUAAAAUGCGGUGAUGGAACUCGUUUCCUUAGCGAUGAAUUCGCCCACAAAGAUCAAGUCUGGGGCUAUGGCGAUAAAGAUUUGCCACAAGAAGAUUUACAAGAGCUAAAGAAAAUGAAAUCUUAAUUUCUCUGCUACUUAUUUGUAUAUGUAUUUUAUUGUAUUGUAUUAAAUGAAUUAGUUAUUACUACUAUUUAAUUUAAAUUGUUGUUAAGUUUUGUAGAUUUCGUAAGUGUGUGAUUAUAAAAAUUGAGUGUGAAAGAAAACCCACAAAAUUAACAUUCCCAAAUUUAAUUUAAAAAGCCUGUGUAUUAAAUGAAAAGAAAGAAAACAAAUUCAACAACAUUUAAAAAAUAAUAAAUUAAAACAACCAAAUAACGAAAUAAUUUGUAUUGUAUUUUCCAUAUAAAUAAAUGAAUAAUGUUUUUGUACCUA